AUGCCUCACUCCGUUCCUGUGCCCUUCUCAGGGUUCCAGGCCAUCAUAUUGUGUGGUCCUGGAGUUUCGCUCAAUACCUUUACAUCGAACCCUGAAGAGUUCCCAAAAGCUCUUAUACCAAUCGCCAAUAGGCCGAUGGUAUGGUAUCCUCUAGAUUGGUGUUAUCGGAUGGGCAUAACCAAUAUUACAUUAGUGACUCCCCCAGCUAGUCAAGCUCCUCUCGAAGCAGCGCUUUCCCAAAACCCGCACCUUACAUCCCUUCCCGCGCCUUCACCAUCUGUGCUAGCACCGAGCGGGCUGACUUUAACGACCGGUACUGCGGAGUUGCUUCGAUUUUCCGAGGUACAAUCAGCUAUAAAAUCCGACUUUAUCCUCUUACCGUGUGAUCUUAUAUGCGAUAUCCCCGGCGAGGCACUCCUCGAAUCAUGGAUGGUAUCACAGGCUUCUCUCAGUGGGUCCGGGCAAGAGCAUAUCUCGAAACACGGGGGUAGUAUCAAGUUUGCGGAUGUGCGCGGCGAAAACGCCGGACGCAGAGGUGGCCUUGGGGUAUGGUAUCAGACACGUGAUAGAGAAGAAAGUGUCAAGGGAGAGGUUGCGGAUUUCGUUGCGACGGCUCCGUUAGAUCAGAAUGAGGCACCCGUUGUGUAUCCACCAGUUGACGGGCCGGGGUCGAUACGAUAUAAUCUGUCGAAAUUGGUAUAUGCUAUGCCCAUGGAUUCUUUGAAGGAAAAAAUGGAGGAUGAUAAGGGGCUUUUGAUUAGAAAUUCACUUGUCAACAAGCAUGCGCGAGUCAAACUUUUGACUACGUAUCGUGAUGCGCAUAUUUAUGUGUUCCCUUACUGGGUCAAGGAGUUGGCAAGGAGAAACGAUAAAUUCCAGAGCAUAAGUGAAGAUCUGGUUGGUUGGUGGGCGAAAGCAGAGUGGCAAAAGGGGCUAGGCGAGAAGUUGGGUUUCAGGGAAAUUUUCGAAGAGGCAGCGAAUUCAGCAGAUAACGCGAGUCAUGACGGCGAUGAGGUCGAAGAUGAAGUUGACCUGCGGGCCAUGAGUACGACUAAAGCCAGCACCGGCGAGAUUGACGAAGCGAAUUUCACAAAUGGAUUCGCUAGACCGCGGUUAGCUUCACGAGUCAAUACAGCGGCGUCUGAAGCUGAUUUUGACAGCGCUGUAGCAGCUCGAAACAAGCAGUCGAAAUUAGCCAUCCCGCCAAUCUUUGCCUACAUACACUCUUCACUGCCUUCCGCACCAUUGGUACGACGCGUUGAUAGUUCGGCUCUGUUACUGUCUGUUUCACUGAAGCUUGCUAAAUUGGAAUCCAUUGAAGAGAUUGGGCGGCCGAAUUCGUCUCCGUUCGCCCAUACCGCCAAAGUCGCAUACCCAGCUGGCAUCGCUCAACGCUGCACGGUGACCAGACAAGACUGUCUGCUAGCAGAGAACGUGACCGUGGAAGAGAAAUGUGUCAUCAAGGAGAGCGUCAUUGGCGCUAACUGCCACAUUGCCUCCGGCGCACGGCUUACGCGCUGUGUUGUUAUGGCGGGCGCAGUUAUCGGUCCGCGAUCAGUCUUGACAGGCUGCGUUAUCGGUCAUCGAUCCAAAAUCGGUCGUGAGUGCAACCUUAAGGAGUGCGAAGUUCAGGACGGUAAUGCGGUGCCGGACGAGACGGACGCCAAAAAUGAGAAGUUUAUGGUCUUUGAAGGUCUUGAUACUGAGGAUGGCGAUGGGGAAGGGAUGAGUAUGGACGAAGAUGCCAUGGGCGAUGGUGGGAAGAGGUUUGAUGAGGGAGGGACCGAUUUGGGCUUCUAA